CUCUCUCUCUCUCUCUUUAUAUAUAUGUGUAAGACGUUCACCUUAAUCUCUGCUUCUCUAGGCUGUCAACUCUGCACUUUGAUUUAAAUCCCCCCCCCCCUCCUCCCCCCUCUUCCACUGGGAUCUAACCCUGUCAUCAAGUGGAUUCGGGAUUUCGCUAUGGCUGCGGCAAAGCUCCUCUCUAUCCUCUGUGUUGCGGUGGCAAUGAUAACUUUGACUGCAGCCCAGUCCAGAUCCAAAGCGUCAAAGUCUGGGAAAGGCAAGGACGAUUUGAGGAAUGAAAUUGACAAACUAUGGCGAGAAGUCAAUUCACUUAAAGAAAUGCAAGCACUGCAGACUGUUUGUCUGAAAGGGACAAAAAUUCACAAAAAGUGCUACCUGGCAUCGAAAAGUGCAAAGAGCUACCAUGCAGCAAAUGAAGACUGUAUUGCCCAGGGAGGGACCUUGAGCAUCCCCAGAAGCAGUGAUGAAGCUAACUCCCUCCGUAGUUAUGCCAAGAAGAGCGUGACUGGGGCCAGGGAGUUCUGGAUUGGUGUCAAUGAUAUGACCACUGAGGGCAAAUUUGUUGAUGUGAAUGGAUUGCUGAUUACUUAUUUCAACUGGGAUCGGAAUGAGCCACGUGGGGGAACACGUGAGAAUUGUGUGGUGGCUUCAAUUAACAGCCAAAGCAAAUGGUCUGACGAGGUGUGCCGUACCGAGAAGAGAUACAUCUGUGAAUAUCUCAUUCCUUAGAGCUGUCGAUCAUGUGGCAAAUUCCAGGCUGACUGCUGUCAUUACAUUUAUUACUUUUAUUGCCAUAUUCCUGAGCUCUGUUUUUCAGGUGAAGAAGUUUGAAUAAGGAACACAUAAUUUGAAUAAUGCAUAAGAUAGAAAUUCACCUUGGGCGACAUCAUCAAAACAUUUCACAAGCUGCCCUUUACAUAGAAUAUUGAGAAGAAUGUAUAAUGGGUAAUGCAGAUGAACCCAUUGGGUUCCCAUUUAAGAUGAAUUUCUAUCUGUUUUUUCAAGGUUCUUUUUCUAUAGAUCUGAUGUUAUUUACCAGGAUUAGUACUCAGUGUCAGGAAUGUAUCUUCAAAAGUCUGUUUAUGAACUCUUUGAAAUUAUGUUCAAAGAUUCAUCCACAUAUUUUGCACAAUUCCUUAGCUUUUUGAAAAGCGGCUUCAGCAAGCUCAUGCUCAACAGCUCCCAUAAAACAAAGGAAUUGUCCCUCAACAUGUUAAUUCUUUUUGCAUUAAUCGUCACACUGUAUAGCUCAAAACAUAGACCUUUUUAAUGUCAAUAUUAUCAACAGAAUGGUUCUUAGUCAUUGUCAACCAUGUAGCACAGAUGUGGACCUUACUUUUCCCUUAGGACUACAACCAGUUUUAGUCAGUCUCAGAGUGGUCUACCUCAGAAAAUAGCACACACAGUGUGUUCCCCAGUUUGAUCCCACCUGGCUGGUUCAUCAAAUAGAGAUUAUCUUCCAUCUGCAGUACAUUUCUAACUAAUAAGCAACAAUGUUCAAAGGAAAUGGUUUAAAAAUAGUACCGCUGUGAUUUUUCACCUGACAGCAAUUUCCAGGAGAUUAAUCUUUAAUUCCUAGCAACUUCAAGACAUUUCUGGAGUUUUGGAAACACUACAAAGCAGUGCUGAGCUGGCAAGAAGUUGUCCUAUCUCUGUCAUUAGGAAGAAAAUUCAGGCCAGGUAUCUUUUACUACCAUCCAUGUUAAGCACUAUAUUCUGCAUAUAUUUCCUAUUGCAUGUAUUAUUUUCUUAAAGGAAAUCUAUCCUGAGUCCUUAUUAUGUACACUUUCAUGGUUAUGUCUUUAGACACAACACAAUGGAAUUGUAUAGCCUAUUAUUACUUAUCAGGUUUGUUUUCUAUAUAAAGACAUGCAAUUUUCUUUAAACAUUUCAGGUUCUGCCUCAUUGCAGUCAUUUCAGAGAAAACAUAUUUGUUCAAUCAGUUUACUGCGCAACAUUUAGUAUUAAUUGAGGCCUUCCUUGUGUUGAGGUUCUACUGCGAGAUGUUGAUCUCAAAUUACUCCCUGACAUGUAACUGUGAAGUUUCUGGCUAGAGAAUGAUUGUGGUGUUUUUUUAAAAUCUGCCCAAAGCUCUUGCUCUCCUUGGGGUAGAGUUCCUGCUUUUGACACAGAUGCUGAUAGAUCUGCUGAGUUUCUCCAGCAAUUUCUGCUUCAGUUGCAAAAUCCACUGGGUUAGGUUACAAUUCAAGUUUCAGCUUAAGUUUACUUGCAUAAGCACAGAAACUAAAGUCUGCCUUGAACCAAUACAAUUAGGUGGUUUCAGAAAAAGCAAUUAUACCUUUCUCUUUCCAUUACAUAUUUAAGAAACAACUACACAGUGAUAUCAAUGAGCUUCAUCCCACCAUCCAACUUACCAUGGACUAUUCUUUAGUAUCUGUCUCAUUCUUGGACACAUGCAUCUUCAUCAAGGAUGGGCACCUCAGCACCUCACUCUACCACAAACCUACGGAUAACCUCGUGAUGCUACAAUUCUCUGGCUUCCACUGAAACAUCUUAAAACAGCCAUCCCCUAUGGACAAGCCUUACACAUACACAGGAUCUGUUCAGAUGAGGGGGAAUGUGACAGGCACUUGGAAGUACUCAGGGAUGCCCUCAUAAAGAAUGGGGUAUGAUACUCAACUCAUCAAUCCCCACAUUCAAUGUCCCACAGCAAGAAACCGUAGUGACCUCCUCAGGAGACAGACAUGGGGUACAAUUUUUUGUCCAGUACUUCCUGGGAGAUAAAAAUCUAUGCCAUGUUCUUCCCAGCCUGCAACACAUUAUCAAUGAGGAGAAGCACCUCAACAAGACCUGCCCCACACCUCCACUUCUCACCUUUAAACAACCACCAAACCUCAAACAGAUCAUCGUUCACAGCAAACUGCCCAGCCUUCAAGGCAGCAUCGACUAUAAUCUCAAACAACCCUGUCAUGGCAACCAACACAAGACAUGUCAGAGUGUCGACAUAGAUACCACCAUUACUCGUGGGGACACCACUCACCAGUAAUGCAGCAGCUGCUCAUGUGACUUGGCCAACAUUGUCUAUCUCAGUCGCCGCAGGCAAGGAUGCCCUGAGGCAUGGUACAUUGGCAAGACCAAGCAAAGGCUACGGCAUGGAUGAAUGGAUACGGCACAGCAAUCAACAGACAGGAGCGUUCCCUCCUAGUCAGAGAACUCUUCAGCUGUCCAGGACAUUCGACUUUGGACUUUUGGGUGACCAUCCUCCAAGACAGACUUAGGGACAUGCAACAACACAAAGUGGCCAAGUAAAGCCUGAUAAUCAAGUUUGAUACCUAUGGGGAUGGCCUCAACCGAGACCUUGGGUUCAUGUCACACUACAGGUGACCCCACUGCACUAUACACUCUGUCUCUCUUACAAACACACACACACACACACACACACACACUCACAGAGACUGUCUCAUAUGCACACACCUGCAAACCCCUGCACUUACCCCUCGCAUGCACCCCCUCACAGGCUUAUACCCCAUCACACUCUCACAUAUAUGACCAAACUUAUACACAUACAUACACACACUCUUUCACAUGCACUCACACCCACAUGCACACAAUCACAUACAUACAUUCACUCUGUCUCUCCUGCACAUAUACACAUGUAGAUUUAUGGAGUGAAUUUGUAUUUGCAGAAUUGUGUUUUAUUUUGCUCAAAAACUGCAUAAAUUCAUGUCAGAUUUGGUAAAUCCCACUGACUCAACACGGGGAAACAGACUUUAAUCUCAAACCUUUAAUGCAUUGUCUGAGUUGAGAUGACAUCUAUUGUUAGAAAAGCUGAAGCUAUCUUGAUAAUGUAACUUGAAAGGAGUUCUGAGAUUUACAUAUUAAAGAAAUGAAGCUGGUAUAUCUCAUUCUAAAAGAUGAAAGACAAUCUAAAAUUUUUUUCAGAUAUCAUUACAGCUCCAUGACACUGUGACCCUUUUGCUAUAAAUUCUGUGCCUUAUAGUCCUGUUUCACAACCACCUGAUAAAGAGACAGCGCUCCGAAAGCUAGUGAUUCCGAAUAAACCUGUUGGGCUAUAACCUGUUGUGGUAUGAUUUUUAACUUUGUCCACCCCAGUUCAACACUAGCUCCUCCAAAUCAUAUUUAAGAGCAACAACUGGUGCAGUUUUAAUAUAAAGCAGAAAAUGGCUUCAGCAACUAAAAAAUGAAUGUUUUUAACAAAUUUCUAGAUUAUCACCUGUAAUCUGAUUUCUCAUCACUGAAAAUGAUUUGGAAAUUACUAAACUGGACUGAUUGCAAGCUUCAUGAGUACUCUUUACUUAGUUUCACAAUAGAAAGGCAAAAGCAAUAUUUGUACUGGAGUGUAAAGCCUGAUGAGUGCAAGACAAAUACUUUUUGACAAUAUUUGUCUAUUAUCAACAAUUAGCAAGCUCUGUACUUGAUUAUUAACUCUUGAAGUUGUACAGCAUAGAAACAGACCUUCCGGUCCAACUUGUCCAUGCUGACCAGAAAUUCUAAAUUAAUCUAGUGCCAUUUGCUAGCAUUUGGCCCAUAUCCCUCUAAGCCCUUCCUAUUUACAUACUCGUCCAGAUGCCUUUUAAAUGAUGUCAAUCUACCAGCCUCCACUACUUCCUCUGGCAGCUCAUUACAUAUGCUGCAUGAAAAUGUGGUCUCUAAGGUCUCUUUUAGAUUUUUCGCCUCUCACCUUAAACCUCCACAAUCACCUGAACAUUGCAACCCUCCAAGGACAUGUUCUCAGUCACCUACUGUACUCCCUGUACACCCACAACUGUGUAGCCACAUUCCGAACGAUGCCAUCUACGAGUUUGUAGACGACACCACUGUGGUGGGAUAGAUAUCAAACAACAGUGAGUCAGAAUACAGGAAGGAGAUAGAGGGUGUGGUGACAUCGUGCAAUGACAACAGUGUCUCGGUCCGCAUCAGCAAAGCAAAAGAACUGAUCAUUGACUUCAGAGAGAAAGGAGGAGAACAAGCCCCCCCCAUCUAUAUCAACGGAGUAGAGGUUGAGAGGGCGAAGAACGACAAGUUCCUCGGAGUUAUGAUAACUCAAAGCUUGUCCUGGACUUCUCAUGAAGAUGUAAUGGUCACAAAGGCACAACAAUGCCUCUUCUUCUUCAGGCAGCUUAGAAAUUUGGCGUGUCCAUAUGGACCCUCACCAACCUUUACAAGAUGCACCUUUGAAAGCAUACUAUCUAGAUAGAUAACGCCCUGCAAUUCCUCUGCCCAGGACUGUAGGAAAUUACAGAAGCCCGUGUGAGCAACCAAACCAUCACAGAAGCCUUCCUUCCAUCCACGGGCUCCAUUUACAUGGCUCAUUGCUGUGGAAAGGCUGCCAACAUCAUCAAAGAUUCAUCUGACCCCAGUAAUGCUCUCCUACCACCUCUUCCAUCAGGCAGGAGAUACAGAAGCUUGAACACAUGCACUUACAGAUUCAAUAACAGCUUCUUCCCUGCUAUUAUUAGACUGAUGAAUGGAUUCUCUAACUUCAAAUAAUGUUGUUAAUGUCGAUCUUGCUUUGCGCACUGUGCAGUGUAACCUGUAUGCCUCACUCUGUCUUAACACCCUAUGAUCUGUAUGUCCUUGCUUACCAUGAUUUGCCUGUACUGCUCACAAACAAAGCUUUUCAUUGUACUUAGGUACAUGUGACUACAAUAAAUCAAAUCAAACCUG